GCUUCCAAUGUGUCUGAUAUUGUAUUUAACCGAAUUACCUAAAUACCUAGCUAGACUCGCCGUUCAUCACAUAACGUUUAGGUUUGCUGGAUAACAUCUCGACAUGUUCGGUGUUAAGCGGAUCUCCUGUACACCUAAAACAUAUUUCUACUGUAACACCUUGUCCUAUCCAUAAAAAGCUAACAGCGAAGGAACGCAUCCGCGUGCAGCUUCAAGCCUGACAGACCAUUGUGAGAUUCGCGUGACCUGUGACCUCUGAGACACACACUGACCUGGAGACACGAUGGCGAGCCAGUGCCGCCAAAACUACCACGAGGACUCCGAGGCCGGGGUCAACAAACAGAUCAACAUGGAGCUGUUCGCCAGCUACACCUACCUAUCCAUGGCCUACUUCUUCGACCGGGACGACGUCGCCUUCCCCGGCUUCUUCGACUACUUCAAGAAGGCUUCUGACGAGGAGCGCGAGCAUGCGCAGAAGCUGAUGAAGUUCCAGAACCAGCGCGGCGGCCGGGUGCUGCUGCAGCCCGUCAUGAAGCCAGCUCAGGACCAGUGGGGCUCGCCGCUGGCGGCCGCACGCGCCGCCCUCGAGCUGGAGAAGUCGGUGAACCAGUCGCUCCUGGAUCUACACACGGUGGCCGGCUCCCACGGCGACGCCCAGAUGUGCGACUUCAUCGAGAACGAGUUCCUCACCGAACAGGUGGAGGCGAUCAAGGAGCUGGGUGACAUGAUCACAAGGAUGGAGCGCUGCGGUCCGGGGCUGGGAGAGUACCUCUUCGACCGCGACCUCAAGAAGGAGUGAGCACCGCCACCCGGGGCUGGGAGAGUACCUUUUCGUCCGCGACCUCAAGAAGGAGUGAGCGCUAAGCACUCCAUUUCUUUUGCCGGCGUCACCGAUGUAGGUCGUCGUCAGCCAGUGGUCGUCAUAUCCGGACUCCGGAGUUCGACAAUCGUGUACGCUUGUUUCAGUGGUGAAAUGUUGCGUGCGUCAUGUGCAUCUAAAAAUUGUGCGUUUAACGCCACAACCUUCGGAAGUCGCCGGCAGGCGGGUCUCGUUGAUAUUGUCAGUUAAAGUGAGUACAAAUAGCAAUAAAUCCAGACCAA